AUGGCCACCACCACGACGACAACGGCGACGGGGAAGACGAUGAAGGCACGUUGCACCGCCGGCGGUGGCGGCGACAAGCAAAGGGGCAUCAGCCGAGUGACCACGGCCGCAAAAGGGCGAGGCAUCCGUGGCUCCGCGCAGCUGGGGGCGCAGGAGGCGACGAUUAAGUUCGAGUUAAAAUCCAAUAUUGAAAAUGUACUGUCCAAACUGAACUCUGACUUGCAUCGAAUGAUUAAUGUGGAACCUGGGACCGAAAGUCAAGAUGUGAAUAUCGAUGACAAUGCAAGUGCAAAUACUGAAUGUGUACUGUCCAGACUUCAAUCUAAGUUGCAUGAAGUGAUUCUUGUGGAACCAAGAACAUAUAUAAGAAAGAAAGAUAAAUUAUACAAAGAGCGUGUUAUGUCGAAGAUAGGCAAUGCAGAUACGAAAAAGGUUGUAAUGAACCUAGGUGGUCACUAUUUACAUGAUCACAUGUUCGUGGAAUGCUUCAAACCAGAUGGCUGGAUGUCCAACUUUGUAGUCAGUUGCCUCACAAAUUUGUGGAAUAAAGAAUGGGGUGAUAAAACCAUCAUUUCUCAACAGGCUGUGUUAUCAAAAAUUGAAGAGUACUUGAAGCAAUUUGCAAUAUCUGGAUUCAAACCAUUGAAUCUGAAAGUAAGGCAGCAAAGGAACGGUAAUGACUGUGGUUUUCACACGAUGCUGUUCAUUAAACAACUGCAUAGUCUGGACCUCCCUCUGGAAUUUGAUGAGCAAAGGAUACUGAAGUUCCGGCAAGAAUUGGUGUCAUAUAUCCUUCAACAUCCUGAGAAUCGAGAGUUCACUGAGGACAGCAGUACAACACCUAAUCUGAGUCUUGGUGACGAUGAAGGGUUUGUCAGUCCAAAUUAG